CGUUCCAGAUGCUGCUGAUCAGAGUUAUAAAGUUCUGAUAUGACGCUUAAACUUUAGUUAUCAUAGAGUGUGAUAAUUGCUUGCUGUUGCUGCUUUGUAUCAUGUUUAACAUGGAAUUGGCAAAACUCUUUAUUUUGAUUUUGUUGUGCCAUCAGUGGGUGUGUAAUGGUAGCAACCACAAUGCGAGAUCUUUGGAGGAAGAGAGUCUGGCUGAUUUGCUUUCGUGGGAGGAUGCAUCUGACCUUCUGUUAAAAAGAUUGAUGAAUGAUGACCUGCAGAAUGGUGGCCAAAAAUCUCAAGAAACAAAUUCUAGUUCUGGAACGUCUGAAGAUGUUCAUGGCAACCUCAGCCAGGAUGCUGAAGCUGUGGAAUCCAUUUCUGGCCUUCCAAGUAACUUCAGCCUAGAUGAUUCUGCAGAGGCAAUUGGUUCAGAUGUUCAUGGCAACCUUAGUCAGGAUGCUGAAGCUGUAGAAUCCAACUCUGGCCCACCUGGAAACUUCAGCCAGGAUGCUGAAGCCGUUGAAUCCAGUUCCACUCUUUAUGGCAACCUCAGCCAGGAUGCUGAAGCUGUAGAAUCCAACUCUGGCCCACCUGGAAACUUCAGCCAGGAUGCUGAAGCCGUUGAAUCCAGUUCCACUCUUUAUGGCAACCUCAGCCAGGAUGCUGAAGCUGUAGAAUCCAGUUCCACUCCUUAUGGCAACCUCAGCCAGGAUGCUGAAGCUGUGGAAUCCAGUUCCAGUCUUUAUGGCAACCUCAGCCAGGAUGCUGAAGCUGUAGAAUCCAACUCUGGCCCACCUGGAAACUUCAGCCAGGAUGCUGAAGCCGUUGAAUCCAAUUCCACUCUUUAUGGCAACCUCAGCCAGGAUGCUGAAGCUGUAGAAUCCAACUCUGGCCCACCUGGAAACUUCAGCCAGGAUGCUGAAGCCGUUGAAUCCAGUUCCACUCCUUAUGGCAACCUCAGCCAGGAUGCUGAAGCUGUGGAAUCCAGUUCCAGUCUUUAUGGCAACCUCAGCCAGGAUGCUGAAGCUGUAGAAUCCAGUUCCACUCCUUAUGGCAACCUCAGCCAGGAUGCUGAAGCUGUGGAAUCCAGUUCCACUCUUUAUGGCAACCUCAGCCAGGAUGCUGAAGCUGUAGAAUCCAGUUCCACUCCUUAUGGCAACCUCAGCCAGGAUGCUGAAGCUGUGGAAUCCAGUUCCACUCCUUAUGGCAACCUCAGCCAGGAUGCUGAAGCUGUAGAAUCCAGUUCCACUCCUUAUGGCAACCUCAGCCAGGAUGCUGACGCUGUAGAAUCCAGUUCCACUGUUUAUGGCAACCUCAGCCAAGAUACUGAAGCUGUAGAAUCCAGUUCCACUUACGGCAACCUCAGCCAGGAUGCUGAAGCUGUAGAAUCCAGUUCCACUGUUUACGGCAACCUCAGUCAGGAUGCUGAAGCUGUAGAAUCCAGUUCCACUGUUUACGGCAACCUCAGCCAGGAUGCUGAAGCUGUAGAAUCCAGUUCCACUCUUUAUGGCAACCUCAGUCAGGAUGCUGAAGCUGUAGAAUCCAGUUCCACUGUUUACGGCAACCUCAGCCAGGAUGCUGAAGCUGUAGAAUCCAGUUCCACUCUUUAUGGCAACCUCAGCCAGGAUGCUGAAGCUGUAGAAUCCAGUUCCACUGUUUACGGCAACCUCAGUCAGGAUGCUGAAGCUGUGGAAUCCAACUCUGGCCUUCCAAGUAACUUCAGCCUAGAUGAUUCUGCAGAGGCAAUUGGUUCAGAUGUUCAUGGCAACUUCAGCCAGGAUGCUGAAGCCGUGGAAUCCAGUUCUAGCCCCUUUCAUGAGUCUGAUCCUCGCCUUGUAAUUCUGCCUGAAAUCUUUAACCAGGGAUCUGGCUUCACUGAGGAAUCUUCUGCUAGCGUGUCCCAUGAGUCUAACCCUAGUUUUCUCAUUGUGUAUGCUAACAUCAGCGACAUUGACGGUUUGGAGAUUGUUUCUAAUGGCUCUGAAGUUUGAGGUGUGUGUUUACCUUAAUAAAACUUUUAAUACUACA